AUGUCAACAAUUGUUGCAACGACCAACUACGAUCGCAUGAAAGAAGUGAAGGAGUUCGACGACUCCAAACUCGGCGCCAAGGGUCUCUCUGAUUCCGGCAUCACCACCAUCCCCAAACUCUCCCGAGCUUCGGCCAAAUAUCGUCAAGCUAAUCCACCAAGCUGCGGCAACAUGGGGCUUUUUCCAGGUGAGGUCCAAGCACUACGUCCGGCAGGAGCAUCAGGGUGUCGCAUAUACCAGCAACAACGACCUAUUUCGAUCCAAGGCGGCAAGCUGGCACGACUACGUGCAAGUUUGGAUGUCCCGGAACCGGUGGACACGGAGCAGAUCCCAGCAGCGUGCAGGGAGGAGCUGCUGGCAUGGGACGGGCACGCCACGGCGGUGGCACAGACGGUAGCAGAGCUGCUGGCGGAGGGGCUGGGACUCCCAGCGAGGCGGCUGAUAUCGGAGGGGCUGCUGAUUUCGAGGCUCAUUGCCGGCGUCUACUAUCCGUACUGCCCCCAGCCGGAACUGACGCUGGGGCUCAACCACCACACCGAUCCAGGGAUGUUAACGGUGUUGUUGGAGAAUAAAGUGGCCGGGUUACAGGUGAAGCAUGGUGGAGAGUGGGUGGAUGUUAAGCCGGUGCCUGGGUCACUCAUUAUCAACAUUGGCGAUUCCCUCCAGAUAAUAUCUAAUGGGGAGUACAGAAGCGUAGAGCACCGGGUGCUAGCAAACUCCCUCAAGAAACCUCGAAUCUCGGUCGUGGAAUUCUUCAACGUGGAUAAACGGGAUGAGUCUGGUUUACUUGGACCUUUGCCGGAGUUAAUUAAGCCGGAGAAACCGGCCGUCUAUCGGAGCUGCACAUUUAAAGAGUUGCACGAGAAUUUCUACAGCAAGGGCCUGGACAGCAAGUCUAUGCCUGACAAACUCAUGCUCUAA